AUGGAUUCACCAGACGAAAAUUCUAUGGAGGAGGAGGAUUCGUAUGAUUCAUACGAUUGGGAGAACCCACUGAAUUCUGAAGAGGAAGAAGAAAGGUUUAACAGGAAACAAGAGACACGGGCAGAUUAUGAAGAUAAUUGGGAGAUUGAUGAGAAUGAUAAUUUCGUUCCAUGUAAAAUCAAAAGGACUGAAGUUGAAAGAAAGAAGCAUGAAUAUGAUAAAAGGGUUUUGCUUUUUGAUUUUUGGGAAAAGAAUAAAUAUUUUCUACAGUUUGAUAUCAUGUUAGAUAUACUUUCGAGAUUAACUGCUGUUGAAAUCUUAACCUGCAAACUUGUGUGCAAGACAUGGCGUCGUGUUAUCAGUCUUACCCAGUUCACGGAUCUGCAAGCACGCCGUCACAACAGAUUGUUUCUUCUAGAUCAGCAACAGCAGCAGCAGGAUCAUCUUAAUGGUGCUAUGAGCAAGGUGAGUUUUCUUUUGUUAACAAUGGAGAAAAGUAGCCCACUUUGCUAUCUAGAAAAUGAUCAGAUUAAGUAUACUUAUUUCCUAAAAAGGGUUAAUCAUCCAUUGAGUAAGAAGAGGGCUAAUACAUGUGUGUUGGUUGGUUCAUGCAACGGUUUGCUUUGUUUUUCUUUUGCUACUACACAUAAUGUUGAUGAUCCUGCUUCCAUUUAUAAUCCUAUUACUAGAGAGUUUUUAUAUCUUCCGAGGUUCGAAAUUCCGUAUGAGUUUCUUGAGGGUACUUAUAAAGGUGGUAAAUCUUACUUAAAAUGUUUCAUGGUGAAUGGAUUUGGGUACAAUCCUCCUACUUGUGAGUACAAAGUUGUGAGGAUUUUUUAUGGUAACGAACAAGCCUUGGGGAGAGUUCAAGUCUACACUCUUGGUACUCGUAAACAAUGGAGAAACAAAGGGGAAAUUACUUAUUCAUUGUUUCGUCAUGGUUAUUGUCUAUCAAGGGGUAUGCAUGUAGAUGGGUUUCUUUACUGGUUGGAGAACAAAGAUCGGAAGAUUGUGGCUUUUGAUUUAGGUGUUGAGGAGUUCAGCUUGCUCCCUGUGCCACCUUGUUAUACCACCACUGGGCUUAACUCCUUCCAACUCCAAGUAAUAGGAGGGCGCUUAUGUGUUGUUAAGCAAACUUUAGGCGAAGGCAUCGACAUAUGGUCGUUUAAGAAGGAGAACAGUGAAUGGGAAAGCAUGUUGAAACUAAAAAUGGAUGUGAGAUGUCUUAUGAAUGUCUAUUGGCCAAUCACCCUUUUAAGGAAUGGUGGAGUUCUGUUGCGGUUUAAUAAUGUUCUCAUUCGUCAUGACACGAAGACUGCAACUUCGAAAAAGUUUCUGGAUCUCCAUUCAGAUAUGCACAAGAAAAAAGUAGGUCCUUUGCCGUUGGUUGAAGCGAUACCACACAUCAACAGCUUUGUUUCGUUGAAAGCUCUAGACCUCAAUACCAAGACAAGAAAGAAAAAUGAAUUUGAUUCUGAUUCUGACUAA